GCGGGGCGGAGCAGGAUGGCGCUGGUGACCCGGAGACUGAGGUGGGGAAGGGGAGGGAGAUACGUGGUGGGACCCUGUCCUCCUCCUCCCCACCUGCUCCGCAGUUCAACCGAGGCUCGAAAAGACAGAAUUUCUGGUAGAGCAGCAAUCACAGCCUCUCUGUGCCGCCUGGUGGCGACAAGGAAGAAAGGCAAGAGCCAGUGACCCUGUUGAGAAAGGGAAGGAAACUCGCAUAUAGGGGCAAUUGCCGCUGUGGCUCUGGAUGAGUUGGUGUCUGGCCAACAAGUGAAUCUGCCACCCCAUCUGCCCGAAGGGUACCAUCCCCCAGCUUACCCAUUCUGCCCUGGUGCCUUGGAUCCCGCCUCUCCCCCAUGUCCCCCAUGAUUUUCUGCUCCUCCUGCUCCUGCUGGGCUGGGCCUGAGUCACUUCCCAGGCCGCACUCUGGGAAAGGCUGCGCGGGACCCACGGUCACAAGUGACAGGCUCGGGCUGCAGUGCCGGCUCUCCGUCUCCCAGCCAGCCUUCCCAGGCGCUGAUUCUUCCUCUGUAUAAGGAGACCACUGGGCAGCUGAGCCCGGAGGCUCCUUCCUGGACUGACCCUGCAGAGCCACAAAGAAUCACAUCAUUUUGAAAUACUCAUGGCAGAGGAAGGGGCCAUCCUCACCAGGAACCUGAAAGCUGCCGUCUCCGCCAUCCUCCAGGGCUACCCUGCCGGGCAGCCUCCAGUGACAGAUGCCAGCGCUGAGCUGCACAGACUCUGUGGCUGCCUGGAGCUGCUGCUACAGUUUGACCAGAAAGAGCAGAAGAGCCUCCUGAGGCCUCGGAAGGAUUACUGGGACUUCCUCUGCUCUGGCCUACGGCAACAGCGGGGCAGCACGGAGCCGGCCCGCUUCGUCUGCUCACAGGACAAGUUGAAGACUUCUCUAGCAAAAGGCCGUGCCUUCAUCCGCUUCUGCCUAGCCCACGGACAGCUGGCCGAGUCCCUGCAGCUCUGCCUUCUGAACCCCAAGCUCACCAGGGAAUGGUAUGGCCCCCGGAGCCCUCUGGUGUGCCCUGAACUCCGGGAAGACCUCCUGGAUUCUCUCUAUGCUCUCAAUGGAGUGACCUUCGACUUGAACCUGCGGUGGCCGGACCUAGAUGAAGCCUGGCCCAUGUUCUCAGAGUCUUGCUGCCCCAGCCGGAGCCAGGGAAGAAGACCCAGAAAGACCAAAGACUCCCCAAAGCAGCUUCCUAGCACCAGGUACGGAUACCGCGAGGACUCAGCCUGUGCCCAGAAGGGGGAACACACUGCAACGCCACCUGUUAAGUGCGGUGAUGCAGCCGUGCACGGAGGAACAGGGGAGCCUGGAGACGGCUUCUCAGGAGAGAUCUCAGCCACACGUGGAAACCCCACAGCAGUCCAGCCAGAGGAGCUGCACACUAGCCAAACCAGCUGUCUGCAAGAUGCACCCAGGGAAGACUGGUUGGCCGGACUCCCCAGGUCCCAGCAACAAAGGCACCUUCUUCUCUUUUUGGAAAAGAAAAGAGAAGAUCCCAGGAGCCUCGGGUCCUCCCAGGGCAUGUGGGAACCAGCAGGGGAGGAACUUCAGCAAGCCCAGGAGAAAGGAGCCCCAAGAACUGGGAUCUGCCUGGAGAUUUCAACACCCAGCAUCCAGGGACAGGGAGAUGGGUCUGAGAGGGCUCCAAAGGAGGUGAUAGGCACAGAGGCCAAGGGCAGAAGGAUUCUUCCCAGUGCGGAGGGGACUCAUGAAGGUGGAGCAGAGCAGGGUCAUGCCCAUAGGCUACUGGCCUCCAGCCCUACAGGGACAAUAGAGGACACAAUGUCAGGGAACCAGCAGGAGUGGGAGGUGCCUAGCAUUCCAGGGGAGCCCGGGGUCCUUUGGGGCCUGGGAACAAAGGAAGACUUCACCCCAGAGAAACCACAAGAGGAAACAGGAGAGACCAGUGUGACCAGGAGGAAGGAGCAAGCAGAAGUGGCCUUGCAGGAUGUGGUCAAGAGCCUGAGAUGUGGGCUCCGGAAGACCGAGGAGCGGGCGCAGCACCAGGAGCAGCUGCUGAAGGAGAAGGAAGGGGAGCUGCGGACACUACAGGAGAUGCUCAGCAGGUGUCAGGAAGAGAGGGCCCGGCUGCAGACAGAGCUGGAGCAGAAUCAGCAGGAGGCUGAGAGGAGGGACGCCAUGUAUGAGAAGGAGCUUGGAGGGCAGCGGGACCUGGUCCACGCCAUGAAGAUGAGGGUGCUGGAACUGAUUCAUCUGAUGCAGCAGUUAGCUUCCUGCCCCAUCCUUCCUAAAGAGAAGCCACAAGUCAACCACCCCUGUCCACUGUUGAAGCUCCAGCAGCUUAAACAUGAAAUCAUGACCAUGGAUCCUCAGAUGUUUGAGAAGAGUCUAGAACAUAGAAGCAGAGACAAAGGGCCCUUCUUGGGAAGUUAAUUAAGGAUGUGCUUCGGAAAAACAAGGAAGUAAGCUUGGCUUACCAAGAAAGGAGAAGAUGUGGAAUUCAGGAAACAGUAGCUCUAGCCCGGGAGAGAAGAAAAGGGAAUUUCCAAGAUGACAAGUGGCUGGCAAACCCAAGGAGCAGUACAUCCAGGCUGAAACAGAAGUACUGAGGAGGAAGGUCUCAGGGGAAAAAGAGAAUCAAUGCCAUACCUGAUAUGAUGAAGAAUUUGUUGAGGAGAGGGUUAGGCUGUGUUAAAGGCAAGUCAUGCAAGGACUUUGCAAGGAGCAAAGAAAGGCAAUUAAAAAGUCCUGGAAAAACAAAAAAUUUCCAAGGAAAUGUUUAGAACACAUCUUAGCUCUCCUUGAAGCAAUAUGCUUAUAUAUUUUCUAAUAAUAUAAAUACUAUUUAUUGGUUUUUUCAAUGUUAGAAUCAACCUAAAGACAAAGCACAGUAAACAAUUGUGAUUAUAGAACAAAUGUAAAUGUUAUUACCUAAACAACAUUAAGUACACAAAAUAGAAGCCAAUAGAAAUUUCUGUGAAGAUGGAAAUGUUCUAUACUCGCCCUGUCCAAUACAGCAGCUACCAGUCACAUGUAGUGACCGAGUACCACAAAUGUGUCUGAUGUGACAGAGGAACUGAAGUUCUAAUUUUAGUUAAUUUUAGUUAAAUGAAAUAUAAAGUUAAGUAGCCCCAUGUGGCUAGUGGCUACCAUAUUGGACAUAGCAGGAAUAGAUAACAAGUAGGAGGUGGAUGAAGGAGGCCAACCGAAGAGGAAGUGAUGCUGGUAUCAUCAUAUUACAGAAUGGCAGUCAGGAUGCUAUCUGUGCUCCACAGAAUGAGUGAGAAAUAAAUGUGUGAGUAUAUUCUGUAAAACUACAGUAGUAAUAGAGGAACCAAAAAUAGGGAUAUAACCGCAUGGGGAGGAAGGAGGUGGAGUUCAGCGGGGAUGGUAAUAAACAAGCUAAGUCCUCUGACAUCAAGGUAAGGAGCUCUGUAGAUGUUCUCUCUUGAUAUAUUAAAAAAAAAAGAGGAUAUGAGCAUAUUACUUAAGUGUGGAAGUAAUAUCAAAGAGAAAAGCGACAAGUGUAAGAGGUGGUUUGCCAUUGAGAAUGGAAGGAGUAGGGAAGGUGUCUAUUUCCUUUUGAUAUAAGUUCUUCUGCACUGUUGGAUUUUUAAAUCGUGUGUAUAUAUCAUCUUGAUAAAAAAAAAACUUUAAACCCACAUUCCUAAACAUCCUUAAAAAAAAAAAACAACAGUAAAGAUAGUUUUGCAGGAGUAUAACAUACAUAAAUACAAGGGGGGUUGUAUCAAGUGCCAAAUAAAAGAUAAGGGCAUCGUAA